AAUGGCUUCCCAUUUAAAACUCACUUACCCUUAUCUUCAUUUUCAUCAUCAUCUCUCGAAAUCUUCUGUCUCUUCUUCCUUCAUUUUAUACAAGAAAUAUAUUCAAUACUAUCUGAUUUUCAAUCAUAGGUAUGGCUGCUGUUGAAGCUCAACCUCAGUUUCAUGUUCUUGCUGUUGAUGACAGCCUUAUUGACAGAAAGUUGAUUGAAAAACUCCUUAAAACUUCUUCUUAUCAAGUUACCUCUGUGGACUCUGCGUGUAAAGCCUUGGAAUUCUUGGGAUUGUUGAACGAAGAAGAUCAGAGAAAUUCAGAUAUAAAAGUCCAUUUGAUUAUCACAGAUUACUCCAUGCCUGGAAUGACAGGCUAUGAUCUCCUCAGAAAAAUCAAGGAAUCUCCUUCUUUAAAAGACAUUCCAGUUGUGAUAAUGUCAUCAGAAAAUAUUCCUUCAAGAAUUAACAGAUGUUUGGAGGAAGGAGCUGAAGAAUUCUUUCUGAAACCAGUUCAAUUAUCAGAUGUAAGCAAGCUUAAGCCUCAUCUCAUGAAGGAAAACUCAAAGGAGAUUCCCAGCAGGUGUUCCAGCAGUGGACCACAACAAUGCUUUUGGCCAGCGAGCUCCAUCUGUAUCUAAAACCAGGCCUUGCUGUUUCGUAUAGAUUGCCAGGUUUCUUUGAUAGCAUGACCGCGAAACGUCUCGUUUCUGGACGUAAUUGUGGAUCACAUUGU